AUGGGCACACCAUGGGCGUCGACCGACACAAACAUGGUGCGGCGUGCCCGCCAUGCGAGGCAGCGAGCGCGGGAGGCGGCAGCAGCCCUCACAGCGGUGGACUUCGGCAAGGCGGAGUCGCAUUCUCCGGCACCCCGUAUGCUCAAGCUGGAGGAGGACAAGAACCGGUUGUCCAAGGGCUUAGACCCUUGGAGCAACCCUACCGCCGCCGCCACCACCAGCACCCUGCACUACCUGCUCCAGGAGAAGGAGAGAGCGCAGGCGCAGGCGCAGCUCCAGAUCUACCACCAGCAAGGGUUCGGCUACCUCCACCAGCACCGGAGGCAGCAGGCAGCAGGGGGAGGCGCCGAUGGCGGCAGCAGCGGCGAAUCCACGCCGGUGGCGGACGCCCUGGCGACGGCAUUCGGGAGCGGGCGCAUCGUGCGGUCCGCGGCGGGGCGCAAGGACAGGCACAGCAAGGUGUGCACCGCGCGUGGGCUGCGCGACCGCCGCGUCCGCCUCGCCGCGCACACCGCCAUCCGCUUCUACGACGUGCAGGACCGCCUCGGCUACGACCGCCCCAGCAAGGCCGUCGACUGGCUCAUCCGCAACGCCAAGGCCGCCAUCGAGGAGCUCCCCGACCGACCCGAGGAGGCGCCGCCCACCGCGGAGCCCGAGGCUGCCGAGCAGAUGUCCGAGCAGGUGACCUCCACGUCGUCCUACGGGUUCAGCAACCCCGGCGGUACUGCCAUGACCAACUCCUUCCUUCAACAUUCACUUGGCGCGGACCAAGUCUCCGACAGCGUCAAGUCCUUGUUCCCUUCCUCGUCCACGGCCACCGCCGGCGGCCACGACGAGUACCGGGGCUCCCCGCCGGACCUCCUGUCGCGCACCACCAGCAGCCAGCCCCAGGAGCUGUGCCUUACCCUCCAGUCCAACCAGCAUAACAUGUUUAGCCAUGUAUCUCCCAACCAUCACGGUAUCAUCUCGGGUGCAGGCGUUCCAGGGUGGCCGGACCACGGCCAGAGAAUGCCAUCGUCGUGGCAUGCCUCGGACAACGACGCGGGAGAGGGCCGUGGCGCCGGCGGCAACGGCGACAGCUACAUGUUUGCAGGCAUCCUGGCGCGGCAAGGGCUGGACCAAGGCCAGCUCUUCUCGUCCAAUGGGGAAACCCUUCAGUCCAGUGCUGGCUGGGCCGCGUCUGCCCGCGCUUGGCUAGACCCUCUCGCCGGAAUCCACCAGCCAUCGGCAAUGUCUGGGCAGAUCGGAUUCAGCCAUCUGGUUGGCGGCGGCGGCGGCGGUUUUAUGGGGUUCCUCGCGCCGGCUGCACAGCGGCUCCAGCUCCAGGGCGAGGAGGAGGAAGGAAGCGACGUGAUGCGAAGAGACUGAUGAACCGGCCGGCCGGCGCAUGAGGUGUGAGAUUUCUGUUAACCACUUCAUUUGAUCCGGUGCUCAGUUGUAUGUCAUUUUAUGUAGGGUUUAUGCCAUCAGAUUUGUCAUUAGCUGUUACGACUUUUAUAUUCAUUCAUGCAUGUACAACUAUGGCUUAAUUAAUUAAGAGUACGUUCCCUUGGACCUUGACAGCUUUA